AUGAAGCGAACCAAAUCAGACACCGAAAAGGUGCGCCAGCUUUCUGUUUGCGAGCCAAAUGAGCUUGCACUGUUGCUGGUCAAUGGAGAGUUGUCUGGGAUUGUUGAUCAAUUUGGACCAAAAAGCUCUGCUGAUCACACACUGUUAUUAUGCAGACUUGUUCUGGCUGAAGGAGAACUGGUUGAUACAACUCUGAAGAAGAAAGUGCCAGUACUUGUUCAAAAAGCUAUCGAUAUCAAUUUUGAGAGACUCAGUGCUCUGCUCUGUGUCAUUUACGAUUAUGGACAGUUUGGAGCAAUAUUUCAAUAUCUGCAGAGCGCAGUGGAAACAAUCACUCGAAAGCAGACUCUGGCUCUCGACGAUGUCAAUUUCGUGGUGCGUAUCACGAACCACAAAUCAAAUAGACAAUAUUUGAGACAAACGGGAUUUUUGGCUCCAUUCAAGUCAGACGGUUACUUCCAACUGCUUUUCUCGUACAUCUACAAAGAUUCUGAUGUUAGCGAUCGCGCAUUUAAACGUCUUUGUCUAAGUCCAGAGGUGUACAUGUAUCGCGAGUUGUUGGAGCUCAGACGUAGCUUUGAAACUUUUAUUGACGUUGUUUCGCAAAAAACCGUGGAAAGACUGUAUAAUGAGCUUGAGCUGCGAUCGUCAAAUAAAGAGUUCUCGCUCUGGCUUGAAAUUGCGCAGCUAGAACCGGUGAAAAGCGUUGCGGAUAUAGGUUUCUCUUCUGCUGUGGAAUUUCUGGAGCGUGCUCGGCUACAACACGAAGCUCAGACAGAACGGCAGCUGCAGCAGGCCGUCCAUGGAAUUCUUGAAAGGGUGAGACAGGGGAAGAGCAGCAAGUAUUGUGUUCAAGUCGAGAAAAUCACUGUGCAAGAAGUUCUUGGGGGCCUUGUAAAUGACAACUUGAAGUGCGAAGUUAUACUGAACACCAAAGAACAGCAGGGACCUAAGAAUUGGGCUACGCAACACGGGGUAUUCUACAGUGAUAAAAUCAUUCCUUUUAAAGUGGAACGGGAGGAGAUGUGCAAAAAUGGAUUUUCUAAGUUUACAGCUGUUGUGGAUGUGCAAUAUAGAGCGGACCUUGCGAACGUCAAAUAUGCAAUUAGUGCUGGCAGCGAGGUUCGUAAUUUGAAAGUCCAGUUUCCAAGAUGGAUGGAUCAAUUUUUUUCACAGCAUGGAGACAAGCAGACCAAAAGUCAAAAUGACUCGAACAUUACAUUUAUUGCCAGACCCGUCUGUUCAGGAAAAUCAAAGAAGGUUAGUGAUCUGAUAAAAUCUUCCAAUGGAAGAGUCCUAGUGGUAGCAAAAAGCAGAAAGAGCUUCGAUGCGCUAGACGUCUCUAUGGACCAAUUUGUUGAAUAUGAUGAAGCAUUGGCAAACGUGAGGAAGUUUGCAGCCUCUCUGAAUACCGACCCGGAGGACAUCUAUGAUUUUCAGUCGGCAUAUGCAUUUUUCAAAAAUGUGGUGGAGCCCAGCUGGACCAUUUUUUCCCGGAACCCUGAAACAGCUUAUCCCUUUGGUGAGGCUGAGAAACCUCUUGAGCACUACAAUUCGAUCCUGAAUCUUUUUCACCAACUAGAAGUCGCCCAUAAAAUACAACAAUUCUCCAAUGCUCGUUACUUCGCACAAAAGAUAACUUUUCUAGCAUUUGACGAAAUUUGUGAAAACACACAGCUGAAGUACGACCAUCUUUUUAUACUUGAUGCCUCGCUUUUUAGUGCUUACGAGUUUUGCUCUAUACUGGCAACAAACACAAUCUCACUGAAGUCACUAACGGUCGCUGGAAACCCACUGGUAUCCGGAACCCAGUCACUACUCACCCUACUACCAUUUUCCAACUAUCUCACAACUCAACACAAUAUUCGCCAAGAGCUUGCACAAUUUGCACCUGGAACAACCUUAGAAGCUCCUUUGGAGAUUGCCAAUCCUGGAAUCAAGGAUGCAUGCCAGUUUGUAACCGUGAAUACCAGCGAGUCGCCCGCUGGCAACGGCUACCAGAAUAUAGAGGAAGCUGAAUACUGCGCGCUGUUGUUCAUCUACAUGGCCAUUCUGGGUUACCCUGAAAAGGAAAUAGCCAUUUUGACGGCUUAUCCCGAACAGAGGGUUUUAGUCAAGGAGAUAAUCACCAAGAAGACCGCGCAGUUGGGAAUCAACGCAUCUGCUAACGUUUUGGUAGCAACAGAAAAAAAUGGCGGGAAGUACAAAUAUCUGCUUAUUUCGUUGGUAAAAACUACUUCCACAGACAUAUGGACGAACCCAUCUGUCUCCAUAGGCGCCAUUCAGCUGGCAACACAUGGAUUGUAUGUUUUCGGCCUGCGGAAAAAUUACACCAAAACAGUAUUCAGCUUGCUACCAGCGGCUCCGCUGCGUCUGGCUGCUACGGAAAAGUUCGAAAAAUGCACCCGAAAAGUUUCGGAUACUUUGACAAACAGUGCAGUGAUGAAGUCUGUGUCCCAACUGGAAAAACUGGUCUGUCAUUUAGUCUCGCAACAAUAA